CAGUCUCUUUCAGACCGCGGCCGAACGAUGUUUUUGACGGUUUAAUUUCAAUUUUUGCAACUUGUGACUUCGAAUACACUCGUACGUGACCUAUCCACUUUACCAUCGGCCGACCGUGAAAGUUGUGUUUGUGCUAUUGAAAAUUUCGUGCUCAAUAAUAAAUAUUCAGUUUUUUUGUCUAAUCAGGAUAUUUAAAUUUAUGUGUACAAGUGUUAAACGCAAUCUCGUCGCUUUUCCUAAUAUUCUUGUUGCCAAUGCUGGCCUUAGUGCAUCGGCCGACGCAAAUGUGCUUGCAAAAUAGAGAAAUCCGGUGAAAUCACACAUGUUAGCGAUCGUCCCGGUCAAACGGAGCGUUCGCAGACCAUGCCAACCCUCGUGGAGUUGAUGUGUCUUUCUGGUUUGAUUCUGGUCGCUGUUGCGAUAUCUUCGAUUGGAUAUGCGGACGCGGCGAACGUUGCGCAGGACGGACAUCCGUCCAGCCAGCAAGAGCAGGAGAUCCUGCUGCUGAACGCCUUAGCUCGCAGGAACGGAGCGACGGGGUACCAAUUUGACGUAGAUCAAGAUUCAAUUAUGGAUAUGCUAGGAAGAAUGAUACCUCAGACUUGUCGGUACAAAGGCGAACGGUUCGAAUGCGGUUUGUCAAUUUCUUGUGUCCUGGGCGGCGGAAAGCCCCUUGACCUGUGCAGCGGCGGAAUGAUCUGGUCGUGCUGCGUCGACAGGGACAUUCGGCCUGAGCCGCAGCACCAGGGCGCUCUGCAGAACGCAACUUGUGGAGAAUUGUACACGAGGUCUAAUAGAAUCGUAGGAGGUCAUUCAACAGGAUUCGGGUCUCAUCCUUGGCAGGCGGCUUUGAUCAAAUCAGGAUUUUUGAGCAAAAAAUUAUCUUGCGGUGGUGCCUUAGUUAGUGAUCGAUGGGUUAUAACUGCUGCACAUUGCGUUGCCACGACACCAAACUCGAACCUGAAGGUGCGUUUGGGCGAAUGGGACGUCCGCGACCACGAUGAGCGACUGAACCACGAGGAAUACGCAAUCGAACGCAAAGAAGUCCAUCCUUCAUAUUCGCCAACCGAUUUCCGGAAUGAUGUAGCCUUAGUGAAACUCGAUAGAACUGUUAUUUUCAAACAACAUAUUUUACCUGUCUGCUUACCUCAUAAGCAAAUGAAACUGGCUGGAAAAAUGGCAACAGUCGCCGGAUGGGGACGGACGAGGCACGGGCAGAGCACUGUGCCGGCUGUCUUACAAGAAGUCGAUGUCGAGGUGAUUCCGAAUGAAAGAUGCCAGAGGUGGUUCCGUGCUGCGGGUCGACGAGAAACCAUUCACGAUGUCUUUCUCUGCGCCGGAUAUAAAGAGGGUGGUCGUGAUUCAUGCCAAGGUGAUUCUGGAGGUCCUCUAACAAUGCAGAUUGAGGGUAGAAGGACCCUUGUGGGGCUAGUUUCUUGGGGCAUCGGAUGUGGUCGUGAGCAUUUACCAGGCGUAUAUACCAAUAUACAAAAAUUCAUACCGUGGAUUGACAAAGUAAUGGGAUAAUUUUUAUUCCAUCGAGCUUACCCAAAGUAUUCAUUAAGUGCUAAUCGAAAGUUCCAAUAAUAAAUUAAUUUAAAAUUCUAAAGACGGGAAUUUGAAAGACCAAAAAGACAUACUUGUGAUUGUGUAAUUUUUAUGAUUAACUUUACAUCAUCUGUGCUUAAUUAUUAAUUUGUAUUAUUCUUGCAAAUAUUUCAAGAGUUACCGAAAAGUUUGCUAAUCGAUAAUGAUAUUUUAAGAAAAACAACUGCUGCUGAUUCAGUCAAUGUUAGAAUAAUUAUUUUUAUUAAAUAAUAUUAAGUUCUGAUUAGUAAAUAAAUAGCAAAAUUAUCUAAAUAUAUAUAA